AACGAAUGUAAAAAAUAUAGGACUAUUGUUACAACCAUUAUUAUCGGCUAUCGGUCAUUAAAAUGUUAAGGACCUUCGUCAGGUUGACACCGGCUUUUAUUCCAAUUUUACAGAAACAUAACGAAAAUGAUUACAAUUUACUGGAUCCAUCUACCGACGUGCCCACCACUGGAGUUGAGAGACUAAAGAACAUGUUUUACAGGAAUGAAUAUGAUGAGGUAUCUCUUGAACUGAGAACUGUAAUACAAUCAGGAUUAUGCGGAUGCUUUAUCGGCGCAUGUAUGGGAGGAUUUGUCAAAUCGAGAGAUGCAUAUCUUUACUUCAUAGAAAAUAAUCAAGCUACCAUAUUUAAAUCUACUAUGGAAGCCAAGAAAAAAUUGCAAGACCAUGUAACAAUAGCCUUUGCAAGAGGAGCUUACCAUUGGGGUUGGAGACUUGGAAUUUUUACUGGGGCAUUUAGUUUGAUAGCAACAACAAUUUCAGUGUACAAGGACCAAACUUCGAUCACUGAGUAUAUCGUGGCUGGCUCCAUGACCGGAGCCAUGUAUAAGAUGAACUUGGGCAUGGGUGCUAUGCUGGUUGGUGCAGGACUAGGAGCCAUUUUAAGCGCAAUAGGAGGAGCGGCCAUCUUGGGUCUCUUGCACGUAACAGGAGUUUCUAUGCAAGAUAUCAGGCGCGCCUUGAGUAAAAUAAAUGAAGCGAGAGUGGAUCAAUACAACCAAGCGUUAGAAAAAGCGGCAGAUGAAAAAAAUGACGCGCUCACGAGACACCACGACCAUAUAGUUGAAACGAAAGGAGAAAUUAAAAUAGAUGAUAUCAAAUAAUAAUACUGUUUUAAAUUGUAUAUAAU